AUUUUGACGUUGAAAAGUUUACAAAAAAAGAAUUUAAGAAGCCACGCUUUUUUAAUAAAAUUCUUUUUUUUUCUGUACUUUUACUAAGUAAGAAAUGGCGGCUCAAGUGACCGGUGUUUUACCAUCAAAUUUGCAAAAAAAAAUUUCCGAAAGCAAAAUACUAGUUGUUGGAGCAGGAGGUAUUGGUUGUGAAAUCCUCAAAAAUUUGGUUUUAUCUGGUUUUCAAGACAUUGAAAUAAUUGAUCUAGAUACUAUAGAUGUCAGUAAUUUAAAUCGCCAAUUUCUGUUUCACAAAGAACAUGUUGGUAAAUCAAAAGCUGAAGUUGCUAAGGAAAGUGCUCUAAAAUUCAAUCCGAAUGUUAAUAUAAAAUCAUACCACGAUAGCAUUACUACUGCUAAUUAUGGAAUUAAUUUCUUUAAAAACUUCGACCUAGUUUUAAAUGCUUUGGAUAAUUUACAAGCUAGAAAUCACGUCAAUCGAAUGUGCUUAAAUGCUGAUGUUCCUCUAAUAGAGAGUGGUACAGCUGGAUAUAAUGGACAAGUAGAACUAAUUAAGAAAGGUUUGACACAAUGUUAUGAAUGCACUCCUAAACCCACACAAAAAACUUACCCUGGUUGUACUAUACGAAAUACACCAUCUGAGCCAAUUCAUUGCAUUGUAUGGGCAAAACAUCUCUUUAAUCAACUGUUUGGUGAGGCGAACGAAGAUGAAGAGGUUUCCCCAGAUACAGCCGACCCGGAAGCUGGUGGUGAUGCUGGACAGGAAGCACUUAAUACAAAAUCAAAUGAAAAAGGUAAUGUCAAUCGAAUAAACACAAGGCAAUGGGCACACGAUAUUGAUUAUGAUGCUGAAAAAAUAUUUAAUAAGCUUUUUUACGAUGACAUCAAAUAUCUCUUAAGCAUGUCCAACCUUUGGAAAACUCGAAUGAGACCUAUACCAAUCAAGUAUAAUGAUAUUGUAAGCUUUGAUUCUGGUACUGCUAAAGUAGACGGUGCAUCAGUUUUACCAGAUCAAAAAGUGUGGACUAUAACAGAAUGUGCAAAAAUUUUUGCUUCCAGUAUUAAUAAUUUAAAAACAGAGAUAAAAAAACUAAAGGAAAAUGAUCACUUGAUUUGGGAUAAAGACGAAAAAGAUGCUAUGGAUUUUGUGGCAGCUUGUGCAAACAUUCGUUCUCAGAUUUUUAAUAUACCCCAAAAAAGUCGAUUUGAUAUUAAAUCUAUGGCUGGAAACAUCAUUCCAGCUAUUGCGACAACAAAUGCAAUCACCGCUGGUCUUGUAGUAAUGCAAGCUUUUAAAGUUCUUACAAAUAAUUUGGAAAAAUGUAAACCAGUUUUCGUUAGAAUAAGACCUAAUCCAAGAAAUUUGAUUCUAGUUCCUGAAAACGAGAUAAACCCACCAAAUCCAAAAUGCUACGUUUGCUCUUCAAAACCUACAGUUUAUUUAAGAGUUGAUACAAAAAAAAUGACUGUAAGAGAACUGCGAGACGACGUUUUGAAAAAGGCACUUAACAUGAUCGAACCUGAUGCGACAUUAGACGCUAAGGGGGUAAUUGUAAUAUCUUCGGAAGAAGAUGAAACAGAAUGCAAUAAUGAUAAAAAAUUGAUUGAACUACAAAUAUGCGAUGGUGCUUUACUAAAGGUGGAUGACUUUUUACAAAAUUAUGAACUAAGUGUUAUCAUAACACAUGCCGAUGCUGAACGUGAUAAACCUUUAUUUGAAGUAAUUGCAGAUCCAGAUACAUUAAAGCCGAAGCAAGAAGAGAAAAAUGGUGAAAAUAGCGAAGCAAAAUCUGAUAAUACAGAAUCAUGUAAAGAAAAAACAGAAGAAAAGGAAAUUGUUGGAGCAACAGAGAAUAAAAAAGCGCGAAUAGAUGACGGAGUAAUUUUUGAAAACAACGGAAACUCAGGCUCUAAUAAUAAAGAAAGUGGUAUAAAUGACGCUGGUAGUGAAGAUGAUUGUAUGAUCGUGCAACACUCAUCAACAGGUGAUAAUUUAAAACGGAAAAUGGCCCCGGUUGAUGAUGCAGGGGAGGGAUCAUCAUCAUCUAUUGUGAAAAGAGCGAAAAUAGUUUCUAAUGACAUGGAAGAUGAUGAUCUCGUUAUUGUAGAAGAUGAUUAAACUAUAUCCACAAUUAUGCAAAAAUAAAUUAGAAAUAUAAAUUAUUUUCUUUUCAUUAUUGUAAUUUGAAUGUAAGUUCUUUCAAAGAGAUACUUGAACUAAAUAAACAUAUAAUGUAUUUUUAAAACAAGAAAACUAAUUAAUUUAAACAUUGUUCUGAAACUAUCAAUUUUCUGAAAGCGGUCUUG